AUGGCCAACACCCUGAAAUCUAUGCCAUCCGUCAGAUUGAACGACGGCACGUGUGUUCCCCAGCAGCUUGGAUAUGGCUGCGGCACAGCUUGGUAUAAGAAGGAAGGGGACACUAGUAUCAACCGAGAGCUCGUUGAAUCCAUCAAAGAUGCUAUCCGACUGGGGUAUCUCCACCUUGAUGGUGCCGAGUCUUACAGAACUGAGUCUGAGCUUGGUCUUGCCAUCAAGGAGAGUGGCGUGGAACGAGAUAAGCUAUUCGUGACCACUAAGGUGAGCGUAAACAUCGCAGAUAUUCCGAGGGCAAUCGACGCAAGUCUAGAAAAGCUUCAGUUGGAUUACGUUGAUCUGUAUCUAAUUCACUCGCCUUUUUUCGCCAGCUCAUAUAGCGACCUUCAAACAGCCUGGGCUGCUAUGGAGCAGGUGAAGGCCGCUGGAAAGGCACGGUCAAUUGGCGUGUCUAAUUUCCUGCAAAGCCAUUUGGAGGCUAUUUUGGAGACAGCCACAGUUCCGCCAUCCAUCAACCAGAUUGAAUUCCAUCCCUAUCUACAGCAUGGCAAUCUACUCGACUUUCAUAAGAGCCAAGGCAUCCAAACAGCAAGCUAUGGGCCUUUAACUCCUAUCAUCCGAUCAAAGGGAGGGCCAGUGGAUGACCUGCUGCCACAUCUGGCUAAAAAAUAUGCAGUCAGUGAAGGGGAGAUCCUCCUGAGAUGGUCCAUAGACCGUGGCUGUAUAACAAUCACGACUAGUAGCAAAGAAUCCCGCUUAAGCAGCUAUUUGCGCGCCUUAACCUUUCAGUUGACACCAAGGGAGAUUGAUGAUAUCUCCGCUGCGGGGCAGCAGAAGCAUUUUAGGGCAUUUUGGCAGGGAAAAUUCGCGUCAGAAGAUCGUUCGUGAAAACGAUUGGUCAUAUUUGUAUACAGUGUCAAACUCAGGCCUGUUCUGAGAUUGUUGGAUGAGUUUAGAUUCAAGCCUGGUGAUUUCUGAUAAACCGUCAAGCCAAUCGGUAUCUGAGGUCGUUGCCUUUAAUGCGGAUUUACCUGUGAUAAUAAAGUACUAGGACAUACAGGCCUGAGUCUUCCGUUUGCCACUGCACAUAGAUAGGGACAAAAAGAACGA